AUGGAAAUAAACACCACGUUUUCCACCCCUGUGGGGUUUUUGAUCUCUGGCUUUCAGAAUCUGCAGCACAGUGAUUAUUAUUUCAUAUUCCUGGCUUUCGUUUAUCUGGGAACUGUGGUAGCCAACUUCUUCCUAAUGUACAUUAUAUGGGUUUCAGAGUGUUUUCAUACACCAAAGUACAUAGCAGUUUUUAAUUUAUCUGUAGUAGAUGUGAGCAUUAGCACAGCUCUUAUUCCAAAAUGUAUACAUCAAUUUCUUUUUGAGUCAAAAUUUGUGUCAUAUGAGACAUGUUUAACUCAAAUGUUAUUUGUUCAUUUUUUGCAUAUCCUAGAAUCUUUCUCCCUUGUUGUUAUGGGUUACGAAAGACUCAUCACUAUUUGUUUUCCACUGAGAAGUAGCACAAUCAACACAAACAGCAGGAUGAUUUUUAUAAUUGGGUUCUGUUGGGUAUUAUCUUUAAUCUCUUUUGUUGUCGCAGUGGUUUUUAUAACACGCUUGUCAUUCUGCCAACCUGUUCCUGUCAUUAAGAGUUAUUUCUGUGAUCAUGGACCAGUGUUCAAAGAGGCCUGCAGCAGCUACACUUCAAACUGGACCAUAGCCAGAGUUUAUAUUGUUUCUUACUUUUUUGUACCACUUGCUUUAAUUAGUUUAUCAUACGUUUGCAUUAUAGCUGCUCUUUCAAGGAUUUCAUCUGCCCAGGGGAGGUGGAAAGCAUUUAAAACAUGCAUGGCUCAUUUAGCGUUAGUGGCCAUGUAUUUUAUACCUAUUUUAGUAACAUAUAUGAUUGGAUGGUCAAAUGUCCUGGUGGACACUAACACCAGAAUCCUCAACACAUCUUUGUCUAUGACCCUGCCUCCUCUGCUAAAUCCCAUCAUAUACACCUUAAAAACUGAGGAGGUAAUGGGGCAAAUUAAAAAGUUUAUCAGAAAGCGAAAGGCUUCUCCAGUAAAUUAA